AUCGCGCCACAGCAGUGAAGCAGACUGGAGCUUUUUCCCAGUUUCUGCUUUACUCAUCACCUUCACACAAUAUUUCUCUGAUAAGAAUGGAAGGAGUAGGUUCUAGACUCGGUCGGGCCUCCUCCAGGUACGGCGCCACCGCUCCCGUUUUUAGCGGUCCAGUCAGAAAAUGGAAGAAGCAGUGGGUUACUACUCAGCCUAACAACAAUCUUCGUGGCACCGGCAACACCAACAACGUCACCGGACCAAAACUCAUGCUUUGCCGUUGGACGCCUCUUGCUUCCGUUCGUUCUGGAGAUUCUACUAUGCCGGAAAAAACUCCUAAACGGAAGUUCCGAUAUGCACCUAUUGUUGACUUGAAAGAAAAGAAAAAGGAAGCUCCUGACAACAAAGCUAAAUCGAGGAAGCUGAAUCAAGCUAUCACAAGUUCAACAUUGAACGAUAACAUCUUGACGAAACAAAGCAUCAAUGAUAUCUUUGAUGACGAUUUUGAGGAACUAAGGACAGAUCAGUCCAUUCAGACCGAAAGUGAGCCGGAUUAUGACUUGUACUUGGAAGGUUGUGAUUGAGGCACGGCGGAAUGGAGAAGAUUGGUUGUUAUUAAGGUAGAUCGUAGUGAUAUUUAGGUCUAAAUGGUUGUAAAUAUAACCCUCUAGUUUUUGUGCCAACUUAGAAUCUAAUGUAUAAAUGAUUGUAAAUAUAAUCCCUCUAGUUUCUGUGCCAACUUAGACUCUAAUGUAUAAAUGAUUGUAAAUAUAAUCCCUCUGGUUUCUUUUGACGA